AUGGAAGAUGAAACUGACUACGAUGGUGUCAUUCCUGCUGGAGAAAUCCGCAACUGUAAGUGCGGCAAGAAGGCAAGGGUGUUACUCUCAUGGUCAGAGAAGAACCCAGGACGAAGAUUUUUUCGCUGUGAGGGCAACCAAUGUUCCUAUUUCCAUUGGUAUGAUGAAGAGUAUUCCCAGCAUAUUAAAGCGAUGCUUAACAAGCUCAAACGUGGAGAAACUGCCAGGAAUAAGGAGGGAGAAUACUUGAGGAUGGAAAUAUUUCGCUUGCAAUACUUGAUGGAGCACGCAAGCACCCUCGAUGCUGUUCAGUUGGAGAAGCAGCAUAAGGAAAUGAAGAUGGAGAAAAUGAAAUUGGAGAGUGAGCUUAGCGAGGUUAGGACUGAGCUGAAGACCGAGAUGAAAAAGAAUGCACUGGAGAUGAAGGAUUAUGUGAACCAGAUUAGCUCACUGAAAAAGCAAAAGGAGAUCUUCAAUUAUUUUACCAUUGCUGUUGUUGCUGUGUUGAUUAGCAUGAUUAUUUUCAUGCAAUUUUAA